AUGGACCAGGCAGACCUCUCUCAAUUACGCACUGAAUUCAUAAAGUUGGCCAAUGACCUGGCCAGCUCCCGGCUGCGCGGAAUCGACUUGGAAGAUUUGAAGCUUCCAGAGGACUCUGAACUUGAACUUCGCCUCAAAAAAAGAGAUAAAUUCAUGGCAAAAGUCAAGGCGUUCUUGGGCAGUUGCGAUGGAUUCUUGCAGCCUCUCGCAGGCAUGAGUCCGAUCGCAGCUCCCUUGUAUGGUGGCCUGAAGUGUAUCGUCACAGUUAUUUACGGUUUAAACGACGUCUUGGAUGGUCUCCCCCUAAUCAUCCGAUCCGAGCGGACGACAAACCUUUCCGAGCAACGUCACGCAAUCAUCUCGGCUUUCAAGGCAUUUAUCGCCUUCAUGCAAAUUCUGAGGGACUAUAUAGGCGCAAAGACUUGGGUAGUCAAGAGGAUUGCCAAGUCUCCGAAUAUACCGGGCAAGCUUCGGACUGCAAGAGAAGAGAUGCGAGCGGCCCUUCAUUCGGCACACUUCGGAACUUUCGUCGCUUAUGUGGAGAAUGAGCAACGAUGGUAUAUUUCUCACGUGAUUGACACAAUUCAGAAGAAGGAGGAGGAUGCUGGUCACCGUGGAGUAUUGCUUUACUACUUCUGUGGAGCGGAUCCCGCAGCAGAUCAGUAUUCCGAUGUACGACAAGAGGCUUCGUCAAAAGCAAUCCUCAUGACUUUAUUGCGGCAAAUUGUGUCGGCAUGCCAUCACAGCAUAGCGGGUUUUGGCGAGGUGCUGGAGUAUGUGGACUAUGAGCGCAACGAGCUUUCAGAGAAGGGGCUGCGGACACGGAUUGCAAAUUUACUGGAGUCGUUCGACACGGUCAGGAUCAUCAUUGACGCCGUAGAUUGUUGCGAAAACCGUGCAUUUCAGCAGGACGGAUUGAUCCCAUGGAUACUUAACAACAUGCCUGCGCAUGCGUAUAUCCUUCUUACCGCAUGCCGAAAUCCGUACGUGACCAGUUUGCUCGAUGGGCUGCCCACGAUAGCUAUGGGAAGUGACAGCACUACACAAUCCGAUCUUGAGGCGUACGCGCGUCACGUCACUCAACUUUACAUAGGGGAGGCUAUACUGUCAUAA